GUCUAAGGGAAAUCCAGGAGCAGCAAGCAAGCACCAAGCAUGAAGGCCUUUGCACUCCUCUCCACCCUCCUUUUACUCCUCCCCUUUUCCAUUGCCUCCUUGGAAGAAACAUGCAGGAAUGUAACAGGAAGUGAGGAGGGUUACAACUUGUGUGUCACAUCCCUUCAGGUUGUUCCCGGGAGCCGGACGGCUGACACCAAAGGCCUUGCAGUCAUCGCAACACAACUACUGGAGGCCAACUACACUCACAACUUGGACAAGGCGAAGGAGCUGCUCAAGGAUGAAGGCUUGUCCCCUUCGAUCACAAAAGCACUGGGAGUGUGCUCAAAUGUCUACGAGCCGGCAUCUCAAAGGCUGCAGACGGCUAUUAACAAGCUCAAGUCCGGAAACAUUGCUGAGGCUGUGGAAGAUAUGCGCAAGGUGGCAGGUGCCCCCAAUGACUGUGAGUCUGCUUUCCAUGAUGUUAACGAGAAAUCGCCGCUGAGCAAAGAAAAUGUUGAUGCCUUUAGUCUGGGAAAUGUUGCUUUUGCAAUUGUGGCUUUGCUUCAAGAAUAAUCGCUCCUAAAUCCUUUCAAAAGAUGUUCUCAUUCAAGUGAUGUUAUUUUGGAUGGAGUUCUAACGUGAAUGAAAAGAACAAAAACGUUUUCUUUA